AUGGAGGCCGAUGAUGGUGAGGGUGGUGGUUGUGGUGGCCGAAUGGUGGUUAUGGUGGUAGUCUCAGUUAUUGAGAGACGAGAAGAUGAGCUUGAUUAUGUACUUGUAGACACUGCUGGUCAGAUUGAGAUAUUCACUUGGUCUGCUUCUGGUGCAAUCAUCACCGAAGCUUUUGCUUCUACAUUUCCUACUGUGGUCACAUAUGUAGUUGACACACCCCGCUCGUCUAGCCCAGUAACUUUUAUGAGCAAUAUGCUUUAUGCUUGUAGUAUACUUUACAAGACACAGUUGCCUCUUGUGCUCGCAUUUAACAAGAUCGAUGUGGCUCAACAUCAAUUUGCUUUAGAGUGGAUGGAAGAUUUUGAAGCAUUUCAAGCUGUAAUAAAUGCAGAUGACUCUUACUCCUCAACUUUAACCCAGAGCCUCUCCCUUGUACUGGAUGAGUUUUAUAAGAAUUUACAUUCUGUUGGUGUAUAUGCGGUUUCUGGUGCUGGAAUGGAUGACUUUUUUAAGGCAAUAGAAGCAAGUUCUGCAGAGUAUAUGGAAACUUAUAAGGCUGAUCUUGACAAGAGAUGUUCAGAGAAGCAGCGGUUGGAGGAAGAGCGGAGGAAGGAGAAUAUGGAUAAACUGAGGAAGGAUAUGGAGAAGUCCAACGGUGAAACUGUGGUUUUAAGUAUUGGUUUGAAAAACAAAGAAGAGACCAGUAAAGUCAUGAUGGAUGAAGAAAAUGAAGAAGUAGAUGAGGAUUUUGAGUUAUUUUCUGAAGAUGAGGAUGCUAUAGAUGAGGAUGAAGAUGAAGAGGUUUCUCGGUUCUCAUUUUAGUGGUGAUGCUUCAACCCUCGAGGGUAGUAUGAUUUGUUUGGAGCAAAACUGUGUAUAAGACUU